GUGCGGUCCUGUACGUGUGCGCGCCGUCCGAAAAGUCGCGUAGUUAAAACCCGAUGGAAUCGGAGCGAGCAGUUUUUUCUUUGCAACAUCAGCCAUCAUCGUCGAAGUCGCGGUCCGUCCUCCUGGUCGUCGUCGCCGUCGUCGGAUGUUUGUGAAAAGUUACUGGAAUCAUGAUCUGUCCCGGAACGAACGGAUCCCAGUAGUGUUGAGAUUGUCCAGUGGAUUGCGCUUAGUGGGGAGCGGCGAUUGCGUAGGUUAAGUGCGGAAUUUCUACUGCGAAAAGUGUGCGUUUUGAUCUGAAAUCGGCUGAAAAGAGCUUUCCGAGUGCGGGGAAGGAAAAAAACGAAAGGAAAGGAAGAAGAAGCAGUAGUUUUUCGGAAGAAAUCGACGGGAGUGGAAGAAGAGAAUCAGCAGCAGCAGUGUAACAAUAGUGUGUGGAAGUGAAAGAAUCUUUCGGUGUCGGAGGCUGAAAAGAGAAGCGCAGAGUGUGCGUGUGUGUUAUUGAAGAGGGUGUUGCUUUAUUAUUUUGCUCUGUAUUCUGUUCCGCUUUGAAAUAAUCUGGAGAUAGUGAGGAAAGGUGCUACGCCUUCAUCGGUUCUAGUGCACCGGGGAGAAGGUUGCAGGCUGUUGUGGCACUUUGAGUGUUUUUCUAAGUGGGGCUCUGGUGGGCGCAAAACCUGGUGGUAAGAGUUCCACGGAACGGAGAGCGGAGGAAGAACCAAGGCGUCAAAAUGAGUUCCAACAAUACGACCACCACAAACAGCAGCAGCACCACCAGCAGCAGUAACAACAGCAGCAGCAGUGGACCGAACAGCAUCGAAGCCGAAUACAACGAGAUCGAAUCUCGCCAUGGAUGGGCUUUGGUUUUUCAGGAAAUCCGGGAAAAAAGCGAACAGGAAGCACGAGCCAAGGAUUUUUCCACCAAUGAGUCGAAAAAGUUAGACAACAGACGAUUGAACCGGUACAGGGACGUGUCCCCCUACGACCACUCGCGGAUCGUGCUGAAACGGGGCGAGACUGACUACAUCAAUGCCAAUCUGGUUAAGAUGGAACGCGCCGAGCGAAAGUAUAUCCUCUGUCAGGGUCCGCUGCCGCUCACCGUUGGACACUUCUGGCUCAUGGUGUGGGAAUACAACUCCCGGGCGAUACUGAUGCUGAACAAACUGAUCGAGAAGAAACAGAUCAAGUGCCACCUGUACUGGCCGGAAAAGAUCGGCGAGGAGCACAAGCUGGAACUGCCGGAAGUGCAACUAGCCAUCGAGUACGUCAAGUGUGUCGAGUAUAAAAACUUCUGCAAGAGGACGUUCCGAUUAACUGACAUGGAAUCGAGUAAAACGCGAGAGGUUGUACAAUUUCACUACACCACUUGGCCGGAUUUCGGUAUUCCCAGUUCGCCUGUGGCAUUUCUGCAGUUUCUGAAGGAGGUUCGUGAGUCGGGAGCGCUAGACAAGGACGUUGGGCCACCAAUCAUCCAUUGCAGUGCGGGAAUCGGUCGAUCCGGAACGUUUUGUUUAGUAGACUGCUGCCUAGUGUUGAUUGACAAAGAGGGAGAAGACAAAGUGGCGGUACAAGAUGUUCUGCUGGAAUUGCGGCGAUACCGCAUGGGACUGAUACAAACAGUAGAUCAAUUGUAUUUCUCAUAUCAAGCUAUCAUCGAAGGCAUGAAACGUAUGAACAACUCGUCCUUCGAAGACUUCGAAGAGCUGUCGGUCGUGGCAACCAAUAACCAGGCCACCUCGGAUCAGGAAACAGACGAUACCCCACCGCCCUUGCCACCGCCUCGGUCGCACUCGCUCACAAUCGCUCAGAAACCGUUGCCACUGAUUCCGAACAGCGAAAGCGUCCACGAAGAUUUCCUAACGUGCAACGAACGGGACAUGGUGAACAAUUUGGUGAACCUAGAGAAGAGCAAGCAAUAUGAGAUUAGCGGCAAAGAUCGACCUUUGCCACCGCUGCCGAAAGACUCGCUGGAGAAGGUGAGCGAGGCGGUACACAGUUCGGGCGAUAGUGGCGCAUCCAGCAGUGACGAGGACGAGCUUAUUGAAGAGAACGAUAGCGAUCAAAAUGUCGACGACAGUGACGAGGACAAUAGUGAUAACAUCGAAAGUUCCGUGCUGGACGAUACAACGAUAACCAGUUCUACGUCGUCGGCUAUGACCUCGACGACGACGGCAACCACAUCCACAGCGGUAACAACGACGCCCAGUGCUACCAGCAGUAAUACAUCGACGUUGGAGUCCAACCGUGGCAUUGGCGGCGCCGCCGGAGAAAGAUCGUUCGAUGCCAACGCGACGCUCCCACCGGUGCCGAACGGUGUGGACAGCAAUAGCAAUAGUGCGGGAGAGGAAGCUGCUUCCAGUCCGGAAAGGGGACAAUCACCGAACGCAGAGCUGCGCCGCCGGAAGCGACUCGAACGCCAGUCCGCGAUGGAGGAAAAGAUCCGGGAAAUCAAACGCAAGCAGAAGGAAUCGGAGAGCAAUUCGCCGAAAAAGCGCAGGUCAAUAAUUCUUACCAUAGCCGCCGGCGUUUGUAUCGGUGUGCUCUGUGUAUAUCUCUACACGAGAACAAUGUAAAUGAAGGGAGGGUAUCCUCUCGCCCCGCCCCCUUUCCCCGUUUGUUUUGUCCCUUUUCCAUUGAAUUUACGCAUGUUUGUCCUGCUGCAAUCCUUGGCUCCCAGCUCCCUUUUGUACACGCCCCCGUAAUGUGUACCUCGCAUCCUCGCACACGUUAUGGGCCCAUAUAUUGCAUUUAAAAAUUCCAGACAGAGAGGGAUAAUGGGAGACUGUUUACCAGUUAUUGCACUUUUGCUCGAUUAUUUCCAUAUUUUUCUCGAUUUGAGAAUAUUUUACCGAGAACUAGAACAAAGCACGCAGGACAAUGAAGGGGAGCGAAUUCAAAUUGCCAGAUAACAUUCUUAUUAUUAUCUGACGCAAUUUUGUAGGUACAAGCGCAAACUGUGAAGUGUCGAAUGGCACGUUCGUAUCAAGCGAGAGUAGAGGAACAGCUAAUUAACCAACAAAAACGAUUAAUUGUGUAGUUAAAAUACUAUCAAUGUUGUAUAGCGCUGAACACCCCCAAACACACAUACACACCUACAUUAGACAUGCCGGUGUUUAGGUAACGUCAUCGAGAACGUAGCGCGUUCAGAUGUUGAACUUCUUAGAUUAAAAUUGUUGGAUUACCUAUGGAACUCAUUCCAAGCAGCAAACUUGGAAGAAGGCAAAGGAAUAUUACACAUCUUAGAAAUGUCUCCGGCUUCGGUAUAGUUUUACCGAAUUUCCACUAUUGAAUUGCUGGUAAAAAUUUUUACUAAGGUUCGGUAAUAGUUAAGGAUGUGAAACGUUACCGAAAUUCGGUAAACUGUUUCCUAAAUAUCGGUGAAAUUUUACCGAAUUGUUUUUCACAGAACUCCAAAGUCGGCGGAAUUUCGUAGUGUGAUUUAGUUUGGGCUCUUUUGAAGAGUGCAACCAAUACAAACUGUCGACAGCAUUCACACUCACACACAAUCAUAACCAUAACCUAUAAUCUGAGUUCACGAAAGGAAACAGGAGAAUACCGAACAGAAAUCAACAUAUUUAUCAAGUAAAUUGAUAUAGCAUCUCCCUUUUCCGUCACUUCAGUUUUAUUUCAAAUCAUUAUUUAUCUACUAGUUUUUAUUUUAAAUUGUAAUAGCCUAUUUCUGCUUCAUUUUUUAGUUUUGUGCGUACCACAUUUUAAGGAAUCACAGUUUUGGUAUUUAUUUCAUGAAGGAGCUUUUUCGAAAUUCAUCUGGGAAGAACUAUUUCCUGUUAGAAGCUUUUGUGAUAGAUGGAACAGUGAAUUAAAUGAAUGAUGUUUUUGUAAUUAUCUGAAUUUGUAUAUGCCUGUUACAGUUUGUUUGUUUUAGUACCUAUCGUCCAAAGCACAUCAGGCCGCUAUGAAAUGUUCUGCGUAAUACUGGAAAAAUAGUUUCAGAGUUCAACUUCAUCGGCAAUGUUUACAGCACACCAACGCAAAGGGGCCGCACUCCAUACAAAAAAUAAUCAAAAAUACCAAUGCCAACCCUGUUGCAAAAGUUAUAGAAUAGAUGUACUGAUUUCAACAGACUCUCUAAUGUUUUUUACUUUCAUAAUCAAUCUGUAAUAUUACGCCUAUCUAAUGGCAAUGCUCACACCAACGUGAACCUCUACCAAACAGCCAUUUUCCAAACACUCCGGCAUCCUCAUGAACUUGCUCAGAUACAGUGGUACAUGCGGCGUACCGUGGGCAAGUGGAAUUUGAUUCUUAAAAUUGAAUAGAUACCCUGUUAAACUUCUAAGAUAUUAUUUCGGCCCAGUUUGAUAGAACGUGUUUGUCAAUGCAAUUUAUUCUAUUAAAUUGUAUAAAAAUCUGUUGAUGGUACUACAUAACGUUACUGUGAGAUUUAGCCCACAUGGAUAUUUUGCAAGCUUCCCAACCUUGUAACUUCUUAAGUACACAUCUAGUAGAGAGUUUCCCCAGAACGAUUUUUUUUCCAGUAUUACGUCAAAAGAUAACUUAAAUCAAUGUAUUUGUUCCGAGAGGCGUGUUGAAGGGGGAAAACGCAAACGUACCACACAUCAUAUUAUGCCUACAAAACUACACUCACUACAAUGUGGCCCGCCGAGGAAAGCCUACUGUGAAACGAUUCGAUUGUGACAGAGAGAAGAGACAGGGAAGAGCGCUCUACGUUGUUAAAUUUGGUCGAAUGAGAUGUUACGAAAAAUAUCGGUGUGUCAAUGUUGAAACAGAACAUAGAGAGACUAUCAAUCAAUAUUACAAGGAAACAAACAUAAAAUUGAAGAGAUCGUACCAGAGUGGUCUCCUACCAAGCGUAGAGAAAUGAGAAAAUAGCCAAUGGUCUCGACAGUGUUUGUAGAUCCGGGAUAUCUAAAAGUGAAUAUCGUCCAUGUUUUAGAGAUAGAAGAUUUACAUUUUUCUACCGAUGGAAUAUUUGCUUAUUUUUUUAUUAUACGACACAAGCGGUGGAACGUAGCAAAAAACGGAACAUUGUGAAGAGAAAUUCUAAUAUUUUAUUAUAAUUUUCCUAUUCUAUAAAGGACGUAGAUUAACGAUGUAGGUUGUUUUGUAAUAGAAAAGUGCGAAGAGUAGAUAAUAAUCACUGGAAGAAACAGAGAACGAAUGAUGAAACUGAAGCUGAACUUAUUAUAUAUAAACUGCAAGAAGCGAUGCAACUGUAUAGAUGAUUGUUUUAGACACAAAUUAAAGAAUGGAACAUAAAGAUGAAAUUGGUAAAAACCCUAAA